CGACACGUAGCUUGUAAAUGUCAAUGGCUUUAUCGGAUAAAAAUAACAUAGAGCUUAUACAAGAAGAAUUGGAAGCGCUACAAGCUAUAUUCUGUGAAGAAGGAGAGUUUGCACUUCAAUCUGAUAUCGAAAAUGGUCUAUUUGUGGAGUCAAAGACGCUGGAUUUUACCAUAGAUGUUGAAAUUAAGCGUUCCUCAGCGAACCCAGAAGCUCGAAAGAUCAAAAUGGCUGUCACCCUUUCAGAAGAUUACCCCRGAGUUAUYCCCAAGGUUUCMCUUUCGUCUACAGAUUUUAAAAACAAAGAUAUAGGUCAAUUCAAAGACGAUUUGAUUUCRUACGCGCAAACUUUAACUCAAAACCCCAUGAUUUUGGACCUUACUUUGUGGUUACAAGAAAAUGCAGUACAUACUCUUGAAGAGAAGGAAGAGAGGUCAGCACCGUGUGAAGUCAUAAAUGAUUUAGUAAUACUGAAGCUAGACCACAUGAGAAACCGAACGAAAUACCUCAAAACUUUGUCAUCAUGGACUCAAGAUUUGGAUAUAAAGACUGUCGUGUUUUUCUUGCAUAAAUUAAUUAUUCUUGUAUGCGAAGGCCUUACAGAGAGCAUAAGGGAGUUUUUGAGGAGAUUCAAAUCGUGUAAUAUUGAUGUUGACUCAUCUGGUAAACCAUGUAAGGAAAARAUGAUGUCAUUUGUUGUACAGAUGCAAAGACAUUUUAAGAUGAAGUGUUCUGGUUUUGCUAUUGAGGAAUGUGAGUCAUUUUUUGAGUUGGAAAAGACGUUUCAACGGAUGGAUCUUGCAGAAAUAUACACUAAAUAUAUGAGCUGGGAGGACAAGUUUUCGUCCAUUGUCAAAGAAACGGAGAGCAAUUUGGCUCGAGUUCGGAUGAUUGAAUCAUUAAGUAAAACUGUUAAAAUGUUGGAAAAGGAGAGAAAMGUUCAAGCAGAAAUGAUUUCAAGUUUGCAGAGUCAAGUUGUCAAACUUAAUGAUAGACUGAGAGAGCAAGGAGUUGAUUUACAGACUGAGCGAAAGCUUGAACAGUUUAAACGAGAAAUGUACAGCCAUUUGCAGACGAUUCAAAACCAAAAUCGAUUGAAUGACAAGGGUAACAGUUCACAUGGAGAUCUAAGUACAGCAUCUUUGGCAAGAGAUAUACAAGACAACAAACGAUUAGCACAAGAUGAUUGUGAAUCUUUAAGGAGAGAGAUGGAUCAUGUCAAGACUCGUAUYAGCAAACUUGAAAUGGAUACUAAUUCAACUAUAUCAGAUGCYAGGGACUCGGCCAGACGUCUUGAUCGAAUUGACAGGACAGUAACAGUUCUUUCUGAAAACCAACGAUCGCAGUCACACAGUCUGGAAAGUAUGGUAGAUGACAGGGRUAUGAGAUCUUUUGAGUUGGGAAGUCUGAGGCAAAAAAUUAAUGAUCUUUCAAGGCAAGUGUCAGAAUGGGAAUCUGAUUCUCAAGGACAGAGACUUCUUCAUCGGAACCAUAGGCCAUUAUCAGGUAGUAGCAGUAACACUUCCAAAUCCAAAACUCAGGAGACUAAACAUCCCAAAACGAAAGGUACUCUUUUGAAUGGCCAUGCAUCAACUGGAAAGAAGUCCCAGAGAAAAACCCCAGCCAAAGACCUGGACGUGUCGUUGUCAGAUAGUGAUCUGGACAUGAGCUCUGCYUUUUUGGCCAUAGACAGUGAUACAGACACCGAUUUGACUUCGAUUCAAAUGAAUACUAACUCUCUGAGAGUGGAUAUCAAUCCAGAAAUAUCGGAUUUGUCAAGUUCUCUUAGCUCAUUAAACUCAGACGAACUGCUUGGYUUAUGAUAAUGACAGUAACGUGAGUGAUUUUCAUAUCAUUGACUAUGAUAUGCGCAAAUAACUGGCUUAACAUUGUUAAUGACGUAUAAUGGUCACUGCAUGGCACGAUGACGUCACAGUAUUGCCACGUAAUCACAAUGGGACGCGCAAGUCUAUGUGGUAUCUCCGCGUGACCGCUUAUUUUCUUUUAUAAAGUCACUGAAUUUUUUUUGCACUCACAUUAUAAACAACGGAAUCAAGUGUAAUUAUUUGAGUAUAAAAGCCAAGCGAUAGUACAAAGGAUACUAGCGUGAAUAAGCAGACCAAGAUGCAAUGGGAACUGUGGCCGAAAACGGUGCCAACUUUUUAUUUCUUUUGCAUUGUAAAUACGUUUUUUACUUUGUAAAUAAACUAUUUUUUGAAAGGUAACAGUAUUUUCAUGAUC